GUUUUUCAGCACUCGCAGUGUAAAAUUAGCGAACACUGCAGCAAGAAGUCUUUGUACGUGUGUGUGUGUGUGUGUGUGCAACGAUCAAGGGAAACCAAGAAAAAGGGCAAGUGGAUAUAGAUAUUUCUUCAAACCUCUCGUCCGACUGGUUUCAGAAAUGGCAGCCAUUCGGAAGAAGCUGGUGAUUGUUGGGGAUGGAGCUUGUGGGAAAACAUGUCUUCUCAUUGUUUUCAGCAAGGACCAGUUUCCUGAAGUCUACGUCCCAACGGUGUUUGAGAACUACAUUGCAGAUAUCGAAGUUGACGGGAAACAGGUGGAGUUGGCAUUGUGGGAUACUGCAGGUCAGGAAGACUACGACAGGUUGAGGCCUCUGUCCUACCCCGACACAGAUGUCAUCCUCAUGUGCUUCUCCAUUGACAGCCCAGACAGCUUAGAAAAUAUCCCUGAGAAGUGGACGCCCGAGGUGAAACACUUCUGUCCCAAUGUCCCCAUCAUCUUGGUGGGGAAUAAGAAGGACCUGAGGAAUGAUGAGCACACACGUCGAGAGCUGGCAAAGAUGAAGCAGGAGCCGGUGAAGACAGAAGAAGGCAGAGACAUGGCGGGCAGGAUUGGUGCUUUUGGCUACUUGGAGUGCUCUGCCAAGACGAAGGACGGUGUGCGGGAAGUGUUCGAGAUGGCCACUAGAGCAGCGCUUCAGGUCCGAAAGCACAGGAAGAGAGGCGGCUGCACAUUGCUGUGAGGAGUCCAGAUCCAGACACCGUGAAUUCCACUGACCGACAGAAGAAAAGCAAGACACAAAAAGGACAGACUUACUACCAAAUAGAUCUUUGUACUGUAUCGUGCAUUUAUUGCAGACAGAUGGGCAGAUUAAUUGAAUGCAGACAAACCUAAUAGAGGAGGAUUUGUCUAUAUUACAACCAUGUUUAAGAGUUGAUGUUUAUAACUCCUUAUUAACUUGCUUUUGUUCCAUAAUUAGUCUAUAUGUAUUUUUUUCCUACAACUUUUCUUCAUAUUUGUAAGGUAACAGGGCUGUGGUAGCUGCACAUAUAUGUAUGCAAUGCUGUUCUUCACAAGCUCCAGUGAGCAGCAUCUUUCUUAGCUUCUGUAAAGUCAUCAUAAGUGAGGUCCUGUGUAAACAGUCAAGCUCUAUUUAUAAUCGUAGCAGCCAUUACAGCAGAUGACCAUGACAGCUACUUUUUUUUAACAUUGAACUCCAUCAUCUCUGUAUCUUUGUUAGUCAGCUGAGGUCCUCCUCAUACUGUUGCUCAUUUUACACAAUAUGUUCAUUGUGAAACUUAAGCAAAGCCUGAUUAAGACUUUCAGUUCUCUUGAUAACUUGUCAAGCUAAACAAAUGGUUUGCUUGAGUCACCUCCGUAGGCAGGAAGCCCCACCUCUCUCCCUUUGAAUUCUCCAUUUUUAGUCUCCUCAUAUUGAAGACAAAGACGGCAGCUGCUUGUUAGAUGGUAAUGAUCACAAAGGAGGAAGCGUACCAUUCUGCUCCCCUCGUAACUCUUGCUGAUCCAUACAGUGGACCUAGAUGGUGGGGAAAAGAGAGAAGUAGCCAAUAGACACAUGCUAAUAUGACUAUACUAUGCACAAUAGCUGUCAGGACCAACAGGGGAGAUGAUGCAGCUGAAAGGGAAAUUACGUAGGUUUAUUAUGAGUCACUAAGUUCAGCUCUUCUUCUGUUGUUACUUAAGCGAGUCUCUCACACCCACUGUUGGAAUUGUUAAGUUUGACAGGUUAGCCCAGUUGUGGAAAUUGUGUCUUGCUAGCUCGUUGCACAUUUCCAGCCAGACAACAUUCUUUAUGUCUGAGAGGAGCCGAGAUGUGAUUGAGCAGUGUGGGUUGUUUCUCGUUUUAUUUUUUUUCCUGGUGCCUUCUCUGUUCUUGCGUGCCUUUGGCUGUUCCCUCCCAGACGAGACUGACUGGCUGCUGUAUGCCGACCUGAUCCUGGUUGACAAAGAGUAAACUUCCUGACAUGUUUAACAAGGCUUGCUUCUCUGAAUAGCUUGAAAAGUAGCAGAGUGUCAUAGGUUUGUUAAAAAGUAAAUAAAAAUACGUAAGCAGGGCUCAGCAUUAACAUUUACAAAUGCAUUCUCAUCUUUGAAGGAGGAUUGUGCCGAUUCACUAUUCGUAGUUUUACAUCAACUAUUAAUCAAAUCACAAAAUUGUAACACAAUUUCCUCAGUAUCACAGGGUUUACAUCCAUUAGCAUCCAUUGAUGUUUUAUAGCGUGUUUAACUGCCAAAACGUUCAGUAUUUUAUGUCUCAAGGUAAAGCUUCAGAUUACCAAGACUUCACUCUAAAUUUGUAGUUACAUUAGUCUUUUCAGACAUGUCGGACUCCUCCCAGUUUAGGCCAACAUGUCCUCAGAAUACUCAGUUGAUGUUUUCAAGGAACAGUGACUGUCCUUAGCCAUGCUCUGCUCAUUCAUGUACAGUACAUGUUACCCGGUUGCAUGAAGGGAAGCUUAUGAAAGGUCUGUGGCUAAACAAUACCUUUGAUGUUGCAUGCUUACAUUCUUACAAUGCCAGUAAGCAAACAUACCAGCUGGUGAGGUCUGUGUUAUACUGUAGUCUUGUGUUGUGCAAAUGUAAUCCUUCUGCCAGCAGAGCACAUGUUAACUUGGUGAGCUAGAUGAGAGCUGAUUUUUCUUUUUUCACCAAGUAGAAGGCACUUUGAUUAUACAAGCAACAUAUUAAUGUCACAAGCUUAAGAUGGUUGAUGCGACAUUUUAGCUUUGGACAAGCACAAUAUUAAGGCAAGGGUGAUUUGUACCAGUAAAAAUAGACUUAAGUGUUUCAUAGUCGUGAAAUGACGUCAAGAGGUCUCAACAAGCUCACUGCCAAGGAAUCCUUUGGAUACUGUUCAGCAAAGGUGGUGGACUAGCCGUCACAGCUGGAAGCACAGCGUAAUGAUGGAAAGCAUUCCUGUAGAGCAACAGGGGCUCCUCUGGUAAACAUAUCCCUGAGAGCAUGUACUAUGCUGCUGUUGUGUUUGCAGAUAAACGUCCAGCUAAAAUCAAAACUUAUCCUUACAGCGUUGAUGCAUGCAUGGGGAAACCCAUGGAUCUUUACGGUGCGCGCACGCACAAGCACUAAUAUGCACACGCCUGUAGAAACGACUUCUGUUCAGUGUUGUAACUUUUCUUUCGCUAUAAAUAUUUGAGUUGACAAAGGAUCCAGAUUUAUACAAAAGUUCAUUGUAAUAAUGCUUUGGAAACAAAGUGCUGUAGUGAAUGUCUAACCUGAAAUAAACUAUUUUUGAGAAAUCAGA